AUGUCCCAAACGAAGAGACAUUUUGAGGCGAUUCACCAGGACCAAGCUCAUUCGCUUCCUGCUGCAACUGAAUCGUUGACUACGUCUCAAGUUGAGUUGACAGAUUCUCAUAAAGAGAUUUUGAAGAAACUCAAGAGACCAUCAGCGGAAGAUGGGCCUUCACAAUUUGAAAGGGAAUUGCUUAAUAUGACGCAGCAUGCUGGUGAGUUUGCUGAAGAGGGAGAUCAAAGUUGGAGUCGUCCUUCUCUUUCUGCUGACUUUUAUUCUGGUAACAAGGAUGUGGUAUUUCAACAACUAGAUGCUGAGGAAACCACGAUGGGAGACAAUACGAUCGCCAAAUUUUUUGGAGUGACAGAGGAAGGUCAUUCUGUUUUAUGUAACGUUGCUGGGUUUUUGCAUUACUUUUAUGUUCCCGUACCGAAGGGCUUUAUUAGGGAUCAUCAUUUAGUGAAAUUUAUUAAUUACAUUAAGACCAACUAUGAUGGUGUUCAUGAUAUAGACAUAAAGUUUAAGGAGUCCAUAUGGGGAUACAACAAGAAGAUCAAAACACCUUUUUUCAAGGUAGUUGUCAAUAAUAGUAGAAAUAUUACAAAGUUGAGGACAGCAUUUGAAAGAGGAGAGAUCAGGUUUGAGAAUCUCUUCCCAGAUCAAAAUGUAUCAUAUGAUAAUAUAAAUUAUUUACUUAGAUUGAUGGUAGAUUGCAAGAUCACUGGAAUGUCUUGGAUUACUUUACCCAAAGGCAAAUACGAAAUGGUGAAGGAUCACCUUAAAAUUUCGACAUGUCAGAUCGAGUGUACGAUCAAUUAUAAGGAUUUAGUCUCUCAUGCAUCUGAGGGCAAGUGGUUAAAAAUGGCACCGCUUCGUAUACUUUCCUUUGAUAUAGAAUGUGCGGGGAGAAAAGGGAUAUUUCCUGAGGCUGAACAUGAUCCUGUAAUCCAAAUUGCUAACGUAGUUCUGAAAUUUGGAGAAUCAAGACCUUUUGUCAGAAACGUCUUCACAGUUGAUACUUGUUCUUCAAUAAUUGGAUCUCAAAUAUUUGAGCACAAAACAGAAGAAGAAAUGCUAAUGCAUUGGAAAGACUUUCUUGUGAAGGUCGAUCCUGAUGUUAUCAUAGGUUAUAAUACUGCCAAUUUUGAUUUUCCUUAUCUUUUGGAUAGAUCUAAAGCAUUAGGUUUGUCUAAAUUUCCGUUUUUUGGAAGAUUAAAAUCAGUAAGAAACGAAGCCAAAGAUUCGUUCUUCAGCUCUAGAGCUUAUGGUACUCGUGAAAACAAGGUAGUUAAUAUUGAUGGUAGAAUGCAGUUAGACCUAUUGCAAUUCAUUCAAAGGGAGUAUAAAUUGAGAUCUUACACGUUGAAUUCUGUGUCUGCGUACUUUUUGGGUGAACAGAAAGAAGAUGUCCAGCAUUCUAUAAUUACAGACUUGCAAGCAGGUAGCAAAGAAACGAGGCGACGCUUGGCCGUAUAUUGUUUGAAAGAUGCAUAUUUACCAUUAAGGCUAUUGGAAAAGUUGAUGUGUCUUGUUAAUUACACAGAGAUGGCUAGGGUAACAGGGGUUCCAUUUUCUUACCUUUUAGCAAGAGGUCAACAAAUAAAGGUUAUAUCUCAGCUCUUCAGGAAAUGCUUGGAAGAUGAUAUUGUAAUACCUAAUAUGAAAAGCGAAGGCGGCAACGAAGAAUACGAAGGAGCUACUGUGAUUGAACCCGUGAGAGGCUAUUAUGAUGUUCCUAUAGCCACAUUAGAUUUCAGUUCAUUGUAUCCUUCCAUCAUGAUGGCGCAUAAUUUGUGCUACACAACUCUUUUGAAUCCUCAAACGAUUAAAGCUUUUAACCUUACUGAUGACGACUAUACGAAGACCCCUAAUGGUGAUUAUUUUAUUAAGGAAAAUAAGAGGAAAGGUAUUUUGCCAACUAUAUUAAAUGAAUUAUUGACAGCUAGGAAAAAGGCGAAAGCAGACUUGAAAAAGGAAAGCGAUCCUUUCAAGCGGGAUGUUUUGAAUGGAAGACAACUUGCACUAAAAAUAUCGGCAAAUUCAGUGUACGGAUUCACAGGUGCAACUGUCGGAAAGCUUCCGUGUCUUGCCAUUUCUUCGUCUGUUACAGCAUUUGGAAGAGAAAUGAUCGAAAAAACCAAAAAUGAAGUACAAGAAUGUUAUUCUAUAAAAAAUGGGCAUCCAUACGAUGCGGAAGUCAUAUAUGGCGAUACGGAUUCAGUCAUGGUGAAAUUUGGCUAUCAGGAUUUAGCGACUUGUAUGAAACUUGGAGAAGAGGCAGCGAGAUUUGUUUCAACUAAAUUUAAGGACCCUAUAAAGUUGGAGUUUGAAAAGGUUUAUUUUCCAUAUUUGUUGAUUAACAAAAAGAGGUAUGCUGGUUUAUAUUGGACAGGAACAGAAAAUUUCGAUAAAAUGGAUACUAAAGGUAUAGAAACAGUGAGAAGAGAUAAUUGUAGAUUGGUUCAAAAUGUUAUUACAAAGGUCUUACAGUUCAUUUUGGAAGACCGAGAUGUACAAAAGGCACAAAGAUUCGUAAAGCAAACUAUUGCUGACCUUCUUCAAAAUAGAAUAGACUUGUCGCAAUUAGUAAUCACCAAAGCCUAUUCAAAGCAAGACUAUGCUGCUAAACAAGCUCAUAUUGAAUUAGCAGAGAGAAUGAGAAAAAGAGACGCAGGUUCUGCGCCAACUCUAGGUGAUAGAGUAGCCUAUGUCAUCAUAAAAAAUUCUUCCAGUGACAAAAAUUAUGACAAAUCUGAAGAUCCUUUGUACGUGUUGGAGCAUUCAUUGCCCAUAGACGUUAAAUAUUAUUUGGAUAAUCAAUUAACGAAGCCAUUAGAGAGGAUUUUUUUGCCAAUUUUAGGUGAAGCGAAGACUAAGGAAUUAUUAGCAGGUGCUCAUACAAGAACUAUUAAAAUGUCAGCUCCAAAAAUGGGAGGCUUGAUGAAGUUUGCUAAAAAGGCAGAACUUUGUAAAAAUUGCAAAACUCCUUUAAAAUCAAAUAAUAAAGGUGCUUUAUGUCCAAAUUGCAUCCAAGAAGCUCCUAAAUUGUACGGUGAUGCGCUAUCUCAAAUGAAUUAUUUAGAGAACAAGUUCUCACGUUUGUGGACUGAGUGUCAGAGAUGUCAAGGCUCUUUGCAUCAAGAAGUUUUAUGUUCCAACAAAGAUUGCCCCAUUUUUUAUAUGAGAAAGAAAGCUCAGAAGGAUGUACAUCAACAAGCUUUGGAGCUCGUGAAGUGGGAACACACAAUGUGGUGA